UUCACAGAUGGGAGAUUGGGAAAUGGAGCACCUGCAGUCUUACCUGUGGGGUUGGUUUACAGACACGAGAUGUCUUCUGUUCUCAUCUACUAUCAAGAGAGACUAAUGAGACUGUGAUUUUGGCAGAUGAAUUGUGCUCUAAACCUAAGCCAUCCCUUGUGCAAGCCUGUAAUCGCUUUGACUGCCCACCCUCCUGGUAUCCUACAGAAUGGCAAGAGUGUUCGCAGACAUGUGGCAGUGGUGUCCAGAAGCGAGAUACACUUUGUAAGCAGCGCCUGGCAGAUGGGAGCUUAUUAGAGCUACCAGAGACCUUCUGCUCCAUGCCAAGGACAGUUACCCAACAAGCCUGCAAAAAUGAGGAUUGUCCCAAUGAGUGGCUGCUCUCUGACUGGACACAGUGUUCAGUGAGCUGUGGAGAAGGCACACAGAGUCGAAAUGCCAUUUGCAGAAAGAUGCUGAAACCCGGGGAAUUUGUUAUCAUCAAUUCCUCACUCUGCCUGCCUUUGCCAUUCUCAUCCUUGAUCAGGCCCUGUGCACUAGGCCCCUGUGCAAGGCACAACAGGCCAGCUCAUAAUCAAAGCCCCCAUAUUAUGGCUGUGAAGAAAGUUUACAUCCAGACAAGAAAGCAGAAGAAACUACACUUUAUUGUAGGUGGGUAUGCCUACCUACUACCCAAAACUUCUGUUGUUCUCCGAUGCCCUACAAGGAGGUUCAGAAAAUCAAUGAUCACUUGGGAGAAGGAUGGCAAGAGGCUCAUCAGCUCAGCUCAUGUCACCAUUGCACCCUAUGGGUACAUGAAAAUCCAUCACUUGAAGCUUCUGGAUGCUGGGAUAUACACCUGCACAGCAGGGCCAGCCCGGGAGAAUUUCAUAAUUAAACUAAUUGGAAGCAACAAGAGGAUAAUUGCUGGUCAGACAACUGGUAUUAAGGAGGAAGAGGCCAUGAGAAAGGCCAGUUUAAAUGAAGCCUUGAGAACACAGGAGAAACAUCUCAAUGGGAUUUUCUUCAAUAGUAGCAACUCUGAAAAGCAAGGGCGCCUUGCUAACCCCAGCAGAUGGUAUGACAGUAUUGUCUCAAGGCUGCUACAGCACAGAGGCUGGCCAGGGGAAAAUCUGGAGGCCUGGGAAGCCCAGGAGUCCAUGGAGAGAAAUGCAUCCUCAGAAGAGGACCAGAGUCGGGAGCAUAGCCUGCCAUUUACUGUAAUUACAGAGCAGAAACGCUUGGAUGACAUCAUAAGGAACUUGUCUCAACAGCCAGAGGAGCUUAAGGAUAUGUACACUGAGCAGCUUGUUGUGCAGCUGGCUCACGAGGUUUUCAAGAGCCACUUGGAGCACCAGGAAUUUGCCCUCAAAGCAUCAAGGUGGAAAGUUGAUUCAGCCCCAGUGGAGUACCCUUUCCACAGGCACGUUUCUGGAUUUACCAGCUCCCUGAGGACAUCAUCUGCUGAAGUGUUUCCUCCCAGUUCUGUAGGCCUGGCUAAUGGCUUGCGCAGACCCCAUCAAAAGCCUGCCAUUCUGCGGAAGAUUUCAGCAGCACAACAGCUUUCUGCUUCAGAGGUUGUUACUCACCUGGGACAGACAGUGGUUCUAGCAAGUGGCACACUCAGCGUGCUGCUUCACUGCGAAGCAGUGGGAAAUCCAAAGCCCACCAUCAGCUGGGCUAAGAACGGAGAGGAGGUGAAAUACAGUGAUAG